GGGUGGUAACAAAGGUCAGAAAAGACAGAGUCUUUCGCCUCAGGAUGGGAUCAGAAAAGCCAUCUGCCUGGAAGCUGAUGUUGUUGGAGACGCCCCAGCUGAAGCAGGCUCUGGGGCACUGCUGACUGGUCGAGUUUCCUGAGCCGUGCAGUCAUGGGCAGGCCGGAGGGGUUGGCCAGGCCACCUCUGGUGUCAGCUAUGGCGCUUUCCCUCCUGGCUCUCUCUUUCCUCUCCAGCGGGGUCCGCGGCCUCCCUCAGCCCCUGCCAAGAGUCUUCCUUUCCUUUGAGGACCUGCAGGCCUCCCCGUCCUUUGAACACUACAGCAUUUCCGACAAACCGAUGGACUACAGGAUCCUGCAGAUGGACGAGGACCAGGACAGGAUGUACGUGGGCUGCAAAGAUCAUAUCCUCUCCAUGGACAUCAACAACAUCACCCAUGGCACGCUCAAGGUGUUCUGGCCCGCGUCUACAAGCAAGGUAGAGGAAUGCCAAAUGGCAGGAAAGGACCCCACGCACGGCUGUGGGAACUUUAUCCGAGUGGUGCAGCCUUACAACAGAACUCAUCUGUUCAUGUGUGGCAGCGGAGCGUACAGUCCCGUCUGUGUGUACAUCAACCGGGGACGUAGACCAGAGGAACAAGUAUUUCACAUUGACUCCAGGACCGAAUCGGGGAAAGGGAGGUGCUCCUUCAACCCUCAAGUGAACACGGUCUCCGUCAUGCUCAAUCAGGAGCUGUUCUCAGGCAUGUACAUUGACUUCAUGGGGACAGAUGCUGCCAUCUUCAGGAGUCUGACAAAGAGAAACGCAGUGCGGACGGACCAGCACAACUCUAAGUGGCUCAGUGAGCCUAUCUUCAUUGACGCCCACCUGAUACCAGAUGGAACAGACCCCAAUGACGCCAAAUUGUACUUUUUCUUCCGCGAGAGGCUUACAGAUAACAGUGGGAAUACUAAGAAUAUCCACACCAUGGUGGCCAGAGUGUGUCCGAGUGACAUUGGAGGACAGCGGAGCCUUGUGAACAAGUGGACCACUUUCCUGAAGGCCCGGAUGGUGUGUUCGGUCCUGGAAGAGGACGGAACUGAAACCCACUUUGACGAACUGGAAAGUAUGUUUUUGCUGGAAACCGAUCAGCCCAAGGGCCUGUUGGUGUUCGGAGUCUUCACAUCCACAAGCUCCGUGUUUAAAGGCUCCGCGGUGUGUGUGUACAACAUGGCCGACAUCCUCACCGUCUUCAACGGGCCCUUCGCUCACAGAGACGGGCCAAACUUUCAGUGGGUGGCUUUCCAGGGACGCAUCCCCUACCCGAGGCCCGGAACUUGUCCCGGUGGGGCCUUCACACCCGACAUCCAGACGACAAAGGAGUUCCCAGACGACGUGGUGACCUUUGUACGGAACCAUCCGGUCAUGUUCAACCCCGUCUACCCAGUAGGGAGGAGGCCCCUAGUGGUUCGGACCAACGCUGACUACAAGUACACAUCGGUAGCAGUUGACCAAGUCAUGGCUGCGGAUGGAAACUACCAAGUGCUCUUCCUAGGCACAGACAAAGGUACAGUACAGAAGGUGAUUGUGCUGCCCAGCAAUCAUUCCCUGCAUGAAGAUCUAAUACUGGAGGAGCUGGAAGUAUUUAAGAACCAAGCUCCUGUUACAAACUUGAGAAUAUCUUCAAAAAAGCAACAGCUGUACGUCAGCUCCGAGUUCGGGGUCUCGCAGGUCUCCCUACACCGUUGUCACGCUUACGGCUCGGCUUGCGCUGACUGCUGCCUUGCCCGGGACCCCUACUGUGCCUGGGACGGGCUCACUUGCUCUCGCUUCUAUCCCACCGGCAAAAGGAGAAGCAGGAGGCAGGACAUUAUGCAUGGAAAUCCACUUACUCAAUGCAGAGGAUUCAACCUAAAAGCCUACAGAAACGCUGUGGAGAUGACACAGUACGGAGUGAAAAACAACACCACCUUCCUGGAGUGUAUUCCCAAGUCUCCUCAGGCCUCUAUUCGCUGGCUGAUUCAGAGGGACAAUGACAGGAGGAAAGAGGUUAAGCUUUGUGAUCGUGUCCUCUCCACCGAGCACGGCCUCCUCAUCCGCUCCGUCCAGCUCUCCGACCAGGGCCUCUACUACUGCCUGACCACGGAGAACAGCUUCAAGCGCACCGUCGCCAAAAUCCGCCUGCGAGUGCUGAGCGAGGCGAUGGUGAGCGUGCUGACGGACAAGCAGCAGUCGCCGUGGGCCUGGGCCAGCUCGCUGCACCCCAAGGUCCUUUUGUCAGCCUUCAGUCCAGCAGAGAGCAUGGCCGUGCAGCAAUACUGCAAAGAGAGGAAGGAGCUGCAGAAGCUGCAGCAGAGGCAGCUGCAGCAGCCACCUCCGCCGCCCGGACCUCUCAGGGGGGAUCUGGCCAAACUGAAACCGCUGCUGGACCGGAGGAAGAGCCGCAACCGUCGCAAUCACAUCCCAGAGGUGUGACGCAGAGACAGUCUCAAACCACCAUCCUUAUUUUCCAACUCUCAUCUCAAACUGCAGAACUUCACUGUGGAUGUACAGUUCAAUGAGGAGGUUGGUUGUGGGGAAUAAUCCAGGUUGUUUUUUUUCUUGCAUGAGGUACUGUGACCAGAUGGCUGUGAACUACAAUAACACACAUGCACGCACAAGCCGUCCGUUCGCUGUGGCAGCCACAGAACAAGGCCCCUGUUCAGAGUGCGGCUAAAAAAAAAAACUGUGUUCUUCACUACACCUUGAGACGCUGCUAUGUUUAAUUAUCUUUCUUUAUUCAAGAACUUAAAACGGGAAAUUUGACCCGCCAAAUAUAAUCUCACAAUGGAUUUGCUCUUUGUUGGAAAAAAAAGGAGGUAAUUUGAAAUCAUCCUCGAAGAGAUUCAAAAGGAACAAAAAGGGAGUCCCACUGUGAGUGCUAUCUCAAAGUAUUAUACUUACAUUUUAUUUAAAAAACCUACUCACAUUUCUAUAUGACCUCAAACUUACAAAAGUGUCCCAGCUCUUAGAAAUGAAAUAAAAAAAGUCAUAAAAAAAAAUGUCGAUUUGUGAGAAAAAUAAAAGUUUUUCUUUUCUCGGGUUGACAGCUGCGCCGACUGCCUACAAUACCCACUGUUCAUUGGGAGCACAGAUGGCAAGCGGUCUACAUAAAAAGUGUUAUAUUACAAGUUAUAAUGUGUAAGUACAAAGGCCAAACUCAUCAUCAAGUCCUGGUGUUAAAUCAGCAGGAAUAGUAAUAACAUUAUGAGAAAAAAAUAUGAAACUCUGUGUGAGCUUUUGCAAACAUUCGGUACUGAACUCUCCCGUAUUUAUUCCCAUUGCUGAGACGUACUUAUAGGUGAAUGUGCCUCUCUGUAAUUCAGCUGUAUAUUGCCUCAUAUCUCUUAUGUUUCCAGUACCUAAGCAUGUUUAUCGAAACUCAUCAAUGAUAUAACAGUCUCUUGACCUGGAUGAGGUUUGUGAAACAGGCGUUUUAUUUUGUUUAAAACUGGAAAUAUGGUUCAUGAAUCCUGAAACGUGACAAUAUCCUUCUUUGGAUCCACAUUUUUCAAAACUUCUACAACAACAACAACUCAAAAGAGUUAUUACUAAUGGAAUAGUCUGUAACAUAGACCAUUUGACAUAUGUGAAUACUUUUUAGAAGCUUUCAGAAGCAUAGUUAAUGUAGAUAGAUGGAGAGUAUUUUGUUUCUUGUGUACAGAGUAUGUUGUGUUUCGUCUGUUUAAUUUAACGUUGUGCCGAGUUUUGUGGAAAUAUGUUUUUAUUGUGUACAUAAAUUCAACUUAUUUCACCAACUAUGACUGUAUCUGCAAAUUGUAGAGAUAUACAGUAUGCAUUUCAUUUUGAGAGAAAAAAGACUUCCCCUCCCCCCCACCUGAUAUCUCUGCUCAAUGUUUAAUAAAACUGUGUGACCAGCAGCUUCCUGUCAGCUUCAUCUCGCUGUAAUUUUAUGAAACAUAUGUAUUUCUAUUUAUUAAUGUCAUGAUAGCCUGAAUAAAUCUGUUCAGAUAAAGAUUCAUUUUUAAAGAAAGAUAAUGCAAUUCACUGACUUGUAUUUUAUUACUGUAAUUUCUCAAAAUGUCAUCUUUCUCUUUCUGUUAUUGGCCAAUAAAUCAUCACGCUGUAA